ACAGUGUGUCUUGGUACCGUGCUACUUGGGAUCAGCUAAAUGAUUACAAUUACAACCUAUUCUGUCUGUAUUUUAUUGUUUUAACUUUCAGAUAAAACCUCAUAAUUGUAUUAAAUAUAAGUGCCUAGACGGCUUCCCUUGCCACAAUGAGUUGUGGAUUCCUUAUCCGCACGUUAUUGCCGCUGCGGCAGGUGUUCACAGCUCAGACAUCACAUUUGCACAGUUCUGGAGUUACAUUCGCUGCUGUGAAGAAGACUACGUCCGCCGCUGGAGGUGUUAUGGGGCUGGGGAAAGGCAAGAAAAAGGCCGGCAAGCUAGGUGCCAUGGAAAAGAAAGAAAUGCCAGUAGAGAGCGACCCACACAAACUCGUAAACUAUGUGUGUGGCUCCAACAUCUACACCACCGGGGAGGACGUCAAGUUGCAGGAGGACAGCGCGUACCCCGCGUGGCUGUGGGAGCUGCGCGUGGGGCGCGCGCCCGCGCUGCACGAGCUGUCGCCCGACUCCAAGCAGUACUGGCUGCGGGUGCGCGCCGCCGCCAUGCGCCGCAACAACAAGCUGCGCUCCAUGAGGAAGUUCUAGGCAGCCACUGUACAUACUAGUUAGGCAAUAAUACGCGACUGUACAAAUAUACCAUUUAUUUCAUUCACAAA